AUGAAUUUUGAGUAUAGAGAAAGAAAAACAUCAUCAGGAGGGAUCCUUAAAGACCAGUCCAAAGUCCAGUUAAAUCCUUCAAACACUUCUAGAGUGAAAUUUUCCGCCAAAACUUAUGUGCAACCAUUAAGAAGCAGAGAGCCUCAAGAUAUAUCCAAAGUGCUUGAAGAAGAGAUCACACCUGGUUUUACCUUGUCUCACAGUAAGGAACAUAUUGAUGUCACAUUGGGGGAAGAAUUCUUUGAAAAACAAAAGCCUACAGAAGAACCCAUCAAAACUACUGCGCUUGGCACUCCACCUAAGCUUGAAACGGAAGACGUUGUUGCUGAUUUAGUGGAACAGAUUUCUGAGCUGACAGCUAUUAUAGAACAAUUGCGCCGAGAUCAUCAAGUGACACAUAAACAGAUGGAGAAAGAUAUGGAAGAAAAAUGCAAUGAGAUGCAAGAGGAACAUGAUAAUAAAAUGAGGGAGAUUCAAGGAUUUCACAUAAUACAAGUGAAUAACCUGGAAGAACAGUAUAAGAAAGAGUUGCGGAAUGAGAGGGCAACUGCACAAGAAAAAUUGGCUACAAUGCAGAAGGAGUACAAAUACCUGAAGAAUACAUUUCGUAUGUACCAGGAUAGCAUUUCUGAUGAAAUGGAAGAAAAAUGGCUGAGAAGACAGGCUGAAUGGAAAAAAAGUGAGAGGACUGAGCGAGAAAAGGCAUUAUUACAACAAAAGCAAUCUUUAACAAAGAGAUUUGAGAUGGAAUUAGAGGAGCAGAAGAAGAUUAUUCAGAAUAACAGUUUUUUGCUCGGCAGAGUUUAUGAACAAGAGAGAGAAGAAUUUCAGAAACAGCAACAAAUUGCCUUGGAAAAUAUAGAAGUGUUAAAUGCCAAAAUCAAGACAUUGGAGAAUGAAUUGAAUGAGAAGAACGAAUCUCUUAAUGCUAUUGCUUCAUCUCUUCACAAAACAGAGUUGGAACUUCAGAAGGAGAAAGCCAAAAUGGCAGACAUGGAGAGAUCUUUCCAACAAAAAGCAGUAGCUGUUGAAGAGAAAUAUCGAAUUAAUAUAGCUUCUUUGUCAGAAGAAAACAACAUUUUGAGGCACAAGCUUAUUGAGAAGAAUGAAGAGAUAUUUAAUGAACGUGCCCAAAAAAGUAGUAUUUUUGGAUUGUUUGAUUAGAAGUAUGCAUGAAGAAUUGGCUUAUGGGAGAUUGUGUGAAGCUAUUUCUUCAGAACAGGCUGAAGCUGGAACACCAGAAGUGUCAAAGGAUUACUUACAUAUAUGUAUCAUUAUGUUUUUUAUUUUAUUUUUAUCAGCUACACCUAAUAGUUUUGUGCCGUGUUUUCUUCCCUUACUAGCUUAGAAAUAAAAUAAAUGUUUCUUAGCCAGAUGGUGGACAUGUUAUAACAUACAUUAUAUCAAAAGGGCAUAACUUGGUCCUGUAGAUUAAAAUCCAUAUUUAAAUGACUAGACAUAAAGUGAAACACAAACUGUCAAAUUGUAAAUGUCUAUGGAGAUUCAAAGUCAUCCAUGUCAUGGUUGUUCCAAAGGUGCUUUUUCAAGAGGCA